GGAAAGGUUCAAUCCAGCUUUCAUUGAUCGUACGCGCAAAAUAGUUAGUUUUUCCCUCCCAGCCGUAAAGCCUGGCCACUCGAUACAGUUGGUGGAGAUUGAACAACAGGGUUCGGUGGAUGUUUCAAUGGGAAACAAUUCCGAAAAGGCGAAUGUCAACAGCAACUAUUUAGUUCUAACCCCAGGCUAUCAUAUCUACGGUUUCCAAUAUGUUCGUGUCAGCAGUGGUCAGAGAUCACCUAUCGGUGCCAAGUUCUCAGUGGGUACUCCCCCUGAGGGGAAGUGUGGUGUCAUCCCAACUAUCAGUCAUGGGGAAUAUCAAGUAGUCGAUGCAGGUGUUGGAAACGUAGCUACGUAUCACUGCAGCCCAGGCUAUCACAUGAUGGGAUCUGGUCUGGCGAUCUGCCAAGAAAAUGGACAAUGGUCUGAAGCCCCUUCAUGUGGUGCCUUUUGCCAACCAUCGCAUACCCCUAAUGGUCGUAUUGAACAGCUAUUACCUCCCCCUUCUGGUCCUCCUGUCAGUGCUUUUCCUCUUGCCGAAGUUGAACCAGAGUGUGAUGAAGGUUAUAAAAGUAUGGGAAAGGCAACUUGCUCGGGAGAUGGGGGAGAAUGGGAGUAUGAAACACCAUUGUGUGAUACCCCGACAAAUGCCCGAGUGAUAUGGAGAAAGCUCCGGGAAGCAAGGAGGCAGGCAGCAAUGAACCGGGCAGGAAGUGGAAAUGGAGGAUCUGACGAGGGCGACAGGAAGGAAUUGUUUGAGGAGGGUCCUGCCAGUGAAUCAUCCCAAUCUGUGGAGAGCCUCGCCGGCAAAACAUACCAAUCGUCUAGGAAUGUGACCGGAGAAUCAACAGUUAUGCAAGUCUAACUUCAGAAGAGGAUGAAUCUCCGCUUUGCUAAUCCAAUGGAAUUUGUAUGAAUUGUCCACCUACCGUGUGCAUGCACACAUGAAUGGUAACAGAAUACUGCUUGGAGUCUGCAUGGAGUGCACCUGUCAAAGGAGUGAUAGUGUCUUGCCACAAUAUCAGCAACUGUCACACAACUCAUCAUUUCCCCACACCUACGUUUCCAAUUGUUGUCACUUCCCCAAUGUUGUUGAAAUCAAGUUUUUAUUCUCUUUCCACUUUCCUUACCUUUUCAAAGUAUCUUUUCAUUGACCGGUGUGCGUCUGUCUACAACUCGUCUGUGAUCAAAUCGCUGACGCAAAGGUGAAGAAACACAACUUCUCUAGUGCUGAAGAUGUGGGUUUGAAUACUAAGAAGAUGCAAAAGUCUAAAAUGUUAUCAAUACAUUUUGGCUUUUCUGUAAUCCCUUAGUCCCUCUAAUCUGAGUUGUUAUGCCCCUCCCCCCCCCCGUCCGUAAUGAGUACAUGUAAAAGG